CCAUCCCUAGUUUCCACUGUGCAACAAAUAAUAAAUAAAUAAAUACCCAGCACAAAGCAUUAAACGAAUAAAUUGCACCCCGCAGCGCGUCCAGUGGGUUGGGGAUCGAAAUCGCGACUUAUCUACUCCGUUAGUGCGGCUGUCACUGCGUCCGCCGUAUCAGUCGCUGACUGGAGCGCUGGGAGCACGGAAGCCACACAAAUAGAGGCGCAUUAAGAGCACUCCCAAUCCGUCCGCUGCUGCGGCAGCCCGCGGGUCAUCGGAUUGCCAUGUCCUACUUCACGCAUGCUACCAGCAGUGAUCUGGUCAACCUUAAUGUGGGUGGUCAGCGCUUUUCCACGUCGCGGCAAACGCUUACGUGGAUCCCGGACACCUUUUUUACGGCUCUUCUCAGCGGACGCAUCUCGAGUCUGAGAGACGAGCACAAUGCUAUCUUCAUUGACCGCGAUCCUACACUCUUUUCGAUCAUCCUCAACUACCUGAGGACCAAGGACAUCGACAUAAAGAACUGCGAAAUCCGCGCCCUGCGUCACGAGGCCGAGUAUUAUGGCAUUACGCCGUUGACCAAGCGGUUGGCCCUUUGCGAGGACCUAAACCACUCUUCUUGCGGAGAUGUCCUCUUUUACGGUUUUCUAGCGGCUCCGCCCAUGCCCACAAAUGAAGCCGUACCAGCCGCUGUAGUAGACGAGCCUUUGGCCUCUACCUCGGCAAAUGCAGGGAGUGCUCGUCCUGGAUCCAUGGUGCGGGUUCCUGAGCCAUCGCGUUCCUCACACUCACGAAACUCCUCAUGGGAUCUGCGCUUGGGUCGCACGGGGAGCAGUGGCAACGGCUCCAAUCCGCCAGCUCCCAUGCUACAUUCGCGGAAUCCCUCAAUGGACUUUAUGCGGCACUCGCGCAACUCUUCGGCGGAUCUGAACAAGGUCUUUCGGAACGAAGUGGGCCUGGUGUUCAGUCCCACGCAAAACUCGAACUGGGUGGACCCGAUGCGAGUCCAAAUCAUAAAGGCACACCAGAAUUGGAUUGCAGUGGCUUACGCUCACUUUGUGACCUGCUACCGCGUAAAAGACUCCAACGGAUGGCAGCAGGUGUUCACAUCUCCUCACAUUGACUCCACCAUAGAAAGGAUCGCCAUCAACUCGAAAGUAAUUACUUCAGCGGCAGAGCCUGUGCCCAGCAAGAUGGUGGCCAUUUCUUAUGGCAGUCAGAUUAGGUUGUGGAGCAUUCAGGAGGGCGGCCACAAAACGGACGUGGGUACUUUUAACCUAAAUGUGCGCGUGGAGUACCUAUUCUUCAUUGGCAGCCAAAUGGUGGCCCUGUCUUCGUCCGGAAAAAUCGGUGUGUGGCACGCUAUGACCCAGCACUGGCAGAUCCAGGACCUGGUGCCCGUUCUCUCUUUCGACUCAGCCGGUUCAUUUUUGCUGCUGGGCUGCAACAAUGGUUCCAUUUAUUACAUUGACAUGCAGAAGUUCCCAUUGCGUAUGAAGGACAACGACUUGCUGGUUACCGAGCUCUAUAAAGAUGCCACACUGGACCCUAUAACGGCCAUCUCGGUAUAUCUUACUCCAAAGACCUCGAGCAUCAGUGGAAAUUGGAUAGAGAUUGCUUACGGUACUAAGUCGGGGGCCGUACGAAUCAUCGUCCAACACCCGGAGACAGCUGGUCAUGGGCCACAUCUCUUUGAGACAUUCUUUGUACACCAGAGUCCCGUAACCAAGGUGAUGCUGUCGGAGAUGUACCUCGUGUCUGUGUGCAGCGAGUAUCACCACGUUCGAACCUGGAGUCUUACCCGCUUCCGGGGAAUGCUCUCCACACAGCCGGGAUCCACGCCUGAAGCCUCAUUCAAGAUCGUCUCUUUGGAGGCCACCGACACCAGUUACAGCUAUGCAGCUGGAAAUGAUUUCGGACCGUACGGCGACUAUGACGACAUGAUAUUCGUCCAAAAGGUAGUGCCAGAGACUGAUCAGCUAUACGUGCGUUUGGCUUCCAACGGGAAUCGAGUAUGCGUUAUUCGAUCCGUAGACAGCUCCACUAUUUCGGCUUUCUGUGUCCACGAGUGCGAAGUAUCGUCGCGCAUGGGAUCCCGGUUCAUACUCACCGGUCACUGCAACGGCGCCAUCCAGAUGUGGGACCUAACCACCGCGCUGCUUUCCAAGGAUGAGCCCCAGCAGAAAACCAAUGGCGGACCCGACACCAACGAGCUUCUCCGCCUACUUGACCAGUGUGAAAUCAGCAAUUCAUCAUGCACAACACCUUGUAUGUCACCGUGUCUAUCAGCUAUGGGCAACGGCUCUGGAAUGGCCACCUCCAUAGCCCGUAUGAAAGCCAGCAACAUAGCUCUGCUUAAUCGGGAACCUUCAAUGGCUGCUCAAAUGCAGCCACCUGCUCAGGUCCAACCUGCUCUUCCGGCGGCAAUGGCGCCCGCUGCUAUCCCGAUGGCUGACGACAACAACGAAUGAGACGUGGAAGUGGCUGCUUGGUCGGCGCUUGUCGGGCGCGUUUCAUUGUUCACAUUUCACAGGUGUAGCUUGAUAUUCGACUACCAGUUUAUAUUCCUGCAGUUCAUUGUGUGCGCCCUCAUCUACGUCUGGGUGAUGCGACUCACCCGCGGUUCAACAACUGGGCCGUAAUGAACUGCCAGCAGGCAUUUACCCAAUCAGAUAAUCUCUAUUAUAUGUGCUCGAUGGUUGCAAGUGCAAUGUGUAUACCCGUUAAUCCCCUUUUUUGUGCCCCGAACUUGGAUCGUACAGUUAGUAAUUUUUAAAAUGUCUUUGUUCUAGUUAAAGUUAUGAAAAUUAGUUAAAACAAUGUAAACCAGAGUAUAAGACUUCUGCAACCGAUCUAUUAUUAGCACAACUCUUAAAGGGUGCUCAAUCAGGACAGAUUCGGAACAUUAUCAAAUGUAGAUCAGCAGUGGAUAAGAUUGGCUGGCCAAAAACAAAGAAAGUUCAUUGAACAGCAAAAUAGUUAUUUGUUUUCACCUUGUCAACCUUGAAAAUUAUUAUUUGUGAUUAAAACCGAUCGAGCAAUUUUUGUUAAUUCGGUACGCAUGACCUAUACAACAUGGAAUCUGUCCUGAUAAGACCCCCUAACAUCAAUUGAUCCGCCUUGUUGCAACCCGUAAACAGCUAUACAUAUGCAAUAUAAAUAAACAUAAUUAUAUACAUACAGAUAUCAAAAUA